GUUUAGGACUCUUGGUGUGGGAUCCACUUUUAGAUUUCUUUCUUUCUUCGAUUUGAUGAUUUAGUCCCUAGCAAAUUUUAAUUUGCAGCUGGAAAAACGGGGUUGUGUCCAAUUUAAUAAAGACAAGAAAAGAUUGUCGUGAUUCUGCGUUUGUUUCUUGAUUUUGCGGUUGAAGAAGGAUUGUAUUUGGUCGAAAUGCCUGCAAAUUAAGACUCAGUUUCUGUUGGGGUUUAAUCUUGGCAGAGGCAGAAUCCAUUGUGCAAAAGGAAGAGAGAGUAACUUCCAGCAUUUCUUUCUGUUUCUUUCACAAUCGGAAAACAUGGAAGAUGAUAUGUUACCAAGAAUCACAGACGUUCCCAGCAAAAAAAGGCAUGAAUUCUUGAUGAGAAAGCUGAGGCUCUGCUCGGUAGUUUUCGAUCUCAGCGUCCUCGUAGCGUACCGGAGGUCCAAUAAAUCUCUUACAGAGUUCAAACAGAGCGGAGGUCCUUACGAGGAGUUAACUAAGACCAUGGUUAGAGCCGGUGACAAGAAUGAUACGCUUGAAGAGCUGAUGGAUUAUGUUCCUACUCUUGAAUCUCUUCCUGAAGAUGCAGUCAGCGAAGUCAAGAACAUGGUCCGUGCAAACAUUUUCAGGGCAUUUCCUUCUCCUACCGCACAUGUUCCUGAGAAAGAGAAAGAAACUGACAACAAACUCUAUGGUCCGGGGGACAAAAGGCCACUGGUUGAAGGGGCCUGGGUCCAUCUGCUAUACGUUUACGAAUUCCUCCAAAGAAUUGUUGAUGCUGGGUUGUUGCGUGAUGACCAUAUUGAGGAGUCUUUUGUUGAAAACCUGUUCAACAUUACAAUGAAUGCAGAUGACUCCAGAGAAGCUUGUUUUGUGGCAAACCUGUUGCCAUCUUUCUGGGAAAAUUUCCCGCAGAAAAGGCCCAUGAUUUGGACAACUGUACGACGCAAUCUGUCUCGUUUUGUCUCCUCCAGGCAUCGCCACAUCCCAAGUGCGGUGACCGAUCUGCUGCGGUUCGCUAGUGAGCGGAUUCGCGAGCUUCCGUUGCCACUGAAAGAUGGGCACAAACUCUUCAUCCAGCAGAUUCUGAUUCCCCUGCACAAGACCCAUGCUUACCCUGACUACAGUCUGACCUUAAACGUGAGCAUGCUAGACUUUUUAAACAAGGACUGCGAGCUCGCUAAUAUGAUGUUUGAAGGUAUUUUGAGUGGCGAUCCGAUACCACCUACCUCUGAGCUCUGUCUCUUGGAUGAACUAAAAUCCCUGAUGAAUAGCGCUCGGCUUGAAAAAAUCACUAAAUCUAAUGCUCAGCUUCUGUUUAAACGGAUUGCCAAGGGCUUGACAGGUUCAGACGUGGAUGUGGCGAAGAUUGCUUUGGACAUUUUGUCAUGGGAUAGAUUUAUUGAAUUUGCCAAACUGCACAAGAAUGUUUCUCUUCCAGUUAUAAUACCAGCGCUGCAAAAUGCAGGAAAACACUGCAUUGGGGACGAGUCUGUUCAAGUCCUUGCAGCUGAAGUUCGUAACAGGUUCUAUAAUGUUGAGAGGUAUGCUGACAGGCAGGUGGAAGGAACUUCUUCAGAUAACAAGAGGAGAAGAAUAUAGUGAUGUUAUGCAACUUACGCUUUUGAUGACAGUUUUAUACAUUUUCGUAGACUUAACACAGAAAGUGAGAGCAGCUGUAGAAGACAUAGAAGGUAGAGUGCAUUCUUACAGACGCUGGAAUUUUGGGUUUAAGUUCAUGACAGUUCGUAAGAUCUAUGCAGUUUCUCUUAUUGUGGUGUAUGUAACGCUUUUCAUAAACUUGUAAUAGCCAUGCCAUCAAAGUAUUUUUUUUCUUUUCAAGCUUUUUGAUUCGCUUUGUGUGUGAUCCUCUAAUUCUGACCAUCAACAAGAUUGAAAAGAGUUUGCCGUAUAAAGGGUCUGCCAUUUU